AAGUCCGUCCCGCCUGUCGGCCAAGGGUCCCCGAGCUCAGCGGCUGCUCUAGUCUGCGGGCUGCGAGGUGCGGGAUGUUGCAGGCCGGGCGGCUCCGGGGCGACGCGGCGUUGGCGCUGCUGCUGGCGGCCCGAGUGGUGGCGGCGUUCGAGCCCAUCACCGUGGGUCUCGCCAUCGGGGCCGCGUCGAUCAUCACCAGCUACCUGACCUACGAUGACAUCUACUGCCGCUUCGCCGAGUGCUGCCGCGAGGAGCGGCCGCUCAACGCUUCGGGUACUGCGCGCGCGCGAGCGGCGGGUCGGCGCUGCUGGGGGCGCCGGGGCCUCUGUGACCCCUGGCGGGGCGCUGGCGCGCGGAGGGACGGGCCGCGCGGCCUCUAGACGGCGGUAGUCCCAGCCGGGGUGGGCGGGGAGCGGAGGCGGCGGCCCUGGAAACCGUUCGACCGUUCGCGGAAACGCGGUCCGGACUCCAGCCCUGGAAGCAGUGCCUUCGCAGACCGCCUCCAGAUCGUGCGCCUCUGCCCAGCGCCUUUCUGAAGUUCCCGUUCCUGGGGAUCACAGGCUGAAGAAACGGAAAGUUCCGUGGCCAGCCCUUCUGCGCCCUGCCCACCCUAUCAGGUGGCUUUCAGACGUGCGGCGUCGCCCACAAAGCCCACAUUGGGCCCCCGGUUUUCCUUCAGGCCAGCAGGGAUGGCUGGGAAUAGAAAGCUCUCAGUCGAGCGAUGGUUCAUAUCUGGAUGGAUGAGCAUUUAGCCUCCCUAUCCGACGCCGAAGCGUUAAGGACCUCCACGUAAUGCAUUUCCUUGAAAGUGGCAUGAGUGCCUCAGUGUCGUGCUGGCCCUAGGGUUUGGCAGACACCCUGCUGGGUCCCUGGAUAAUCUGUGCUUCUCGCUUUGACCAGCUGGGAUAGUGCUGCGUUGCUGAUGCAUUUGUUUUUUGUUUUUUGUUUUUUUU